AGGUUACCAAUGAGAAAUAAGCAUGGGUAAAGAUGAUGGGGGAUGUUUCAUGAGGAUAAAGAUAUUAUCUGGGAGAAAUGUACCUGGUUGUGUACCAGGAAUUAUUCCAGCUGCUAACGUUAUCUGUGGGAUAAGUAACCAGACUGCUCACACAGCGAGUAUAGUCUCAAAUAAUCCCAUCUGGAAUCACAGCUUUGAAUUUAAAAGAGCAUCCAAAAAGGAGAAUAUUUUGUUUAUCAUCCGUGAUGCUGAUCAAAUAUUAGGGUCUUUACAGAUUCCAGUAAAAGAAGUAAAACAGGGCAGCUUGAACACCAGGUUUGUGGACCUACUGAACGAGCAAUCACCAUGCUGUGUAUCCUUCACCUUGACCCUUGAAGAGAAAUCUACCUUGACCAGAAAGCGCCUGCUACAAACUACAAGAAAGCUCAAAGAGACAGUAAUGUCUCGCUUUGCAUCAGAUCCUGAUCUCUUAGCCUCACACAACUCAAGUGGCACAAUGAGUUUGGAACGCAACGAAAAUAUUCAGAAAUCCUCCACACGUGGAAUUCAACGGUGUCACAGUUAUGUGAACGAACGGACACGAGCAGGCAUGAUAGCUCGACAUGGUCACCAGUAUGUGAAUUGUAGCAAACAGAGGACGUGUGGCGAGCUCAGGAACAAAUCCUCCGAACUUCAAUCCAACCUCACAGAAAAGAGUGCAAGUGAAGAGAGAAACAAGAAACUGCUGGUCCUAAUACAAGGAAGGAACCUAGGAACUUCUCAAUCUGAUAUAGUCUCUGUCCAUGUGGGAGGUGUGGACUGCACAGAGAACAUCCAGCACUUCAGCUCUGAGAAGAUCCUGGUGCGACUACCACGCAAUGCUCAGCUUUCUCCAGUCUCUGUCAUAACUAAAUCUGGUGGAGUGGGCCAGCAGAACGCAAAAGUUAAAGUAACAUUUGAAAGUGCCAGUUCCUCUGACGAGAUCAAAUCACUGCGGAGGACACCAUCACGUUCAGAAACAGAAGGAUCACAUUCGGACACGGGCAAAUCUCCUGUUACUCCUUACAAACCCCCUCGAGCUGCCCCUAGGAACAGGCAUCAUAGACCAAGUGCAGUGUACAGCACAGCCAGCAGUGACAGUGGCAGUGAUGGAAUGUGUGUAAAUACCAGGACUCUUCCCGGAAGAUCAUGUAACUUGAUUCCGCCACCUCGACAGAGAAGUAGCUCCUCCUCCUCCCUCAAAGCCUCUGUUGAACCGGAAACUGCUUCUAAUGACUCUGUUGAGGUCCCUGUCUCUUCCACUCCCUGCUCUACUCCUGAUACUCCUAAACUUAGGAGGAACAUGUCACCCCUCCUCAACGCCGGGAAGUUGUCCCCUCACCCGAUCAGAAGAAUAUCGAACCUCUCCGACCUCCCGGUCAGAAAGUUGGAGAUAGUUGCCCCGCAACCCGAUCAAGAUAUCAUAGCUCCUCCGGGGGCUUUCUCUGAGGGCUCCUCCGUUUACACUGGCAGUGGAGGAAACGCGUUAUACGAUCUCCCGAAAUCUGACCUUAUCGAGGAAAUACUGAAGUUAAGAGGAACAAUAACUAAUCUGACGAAAGCAGUCAGCGAUCUCAGCGUCAAUUAAUUACGUCACAAACUCAGAAUGUGACCUUGUUACGUCAUAACAUGACCUCGUGACGUCAUAUACGCCGGACAUUGUUGGACGAUUCUAAAAUAAGCUUUGUAAAGUUAAUCUUACAGAAUGGAGUUGUUUUUGAUUUCUAGAUUUUGUUAAAUUAUAGAUAGUAAAAUCUAAGUUAAAACGUGUGAUCAAUAGUAAAAUCAUUUCAGAUGAGUUCUGAACAUAAACUGAUCGAUAUAACUUGUUCAAUUUUAAUUGUGAUCAAUUUUGAUGAUAAUUAAGAUGUUGAAUUUAAGUGACACACAGAUUCACAGAUUGUUAAAUUCUCAAGCCGUGACUCAUUUUCUGUUGGUUCAAUAUGUCAUGUUCAAAAUAUGUAUUAAAGUAAUUUAAAUCAUGAUCAAAGUUACCCUUUUUGUUUGGGUUUGUUAAGUUAAUUACUCGUUUUUAUUCAAUAUUUAAAUUUAAUGGAUUAUUUGUUGUUUUCAUAUUGGGAGUAGUUGAUUGGUUAAUUGACAUAGUUAGUUAAGCGUAGACUGGAUAUUCUAGAUAAUAAAGCGUAUAAUCGUAUAAAAUAAUAAUAUUGAUUAUCUCAAAUGAAAAUUUAUCAAUCAAUAUUUUAUACGAUUCAAUGUUCACACUUGUGAAUUCUGAUAAUGCGUAUAAUAUGAUUAUCCAGCUUAGUUUAGUUGCAAUUAACCAUUCAAUUAACUUCGACUGAAUAUUAUAUGCAGCGCUUAACGCUGAGCCUACAUUUUCCGGUUAAAGUUUUGGAUUAAAUUAUCAACAUUGUCUAAGUUGAGAGUAUUCAUAACUUCGUCAACCCAUUUACUAUAUUAUUAGUGAAUAUAUUAAUUAUGAAACUUAACACGGAGUAGUAUAGUAAUUAAAUAUUAAUUGCUAUCUCACGUGUUCAGUGGGUGAACUCAAUGGUUUGUUUUCUUUUUAAAUCUGAACAACAACCGUUCAACAUAAAUCUGAACAACAAACGUUCAAAAUAAUGCCAUGUUAUGUCAUACUACAAUUUUCUGUUAUUUACAGGUUUUAAAAGUAUUUCAUGCGUUCAAAAAGGAAUCGUUUUACUUUUUACAUCUUAUUAACCGCAGCUUAUUCAGCAUGAGUCAAAAUUUCUAACUGAUCUCUUUUAAUUCAAACUUAACUUUAUCAAAUUUCGUUUGUCCAUAAAGAUUCGUCUCCCUCGACGCUAAAUCCUACAGAAGUUUUAAUUUUAAUGUUGAAGAAACCUGAUGUGGAUAAUUUAUAAUUCUCCACGCUGGCAUUUAUUUAUAGGAAAAUGUACACGUGAAUCAAGUCGAAUAUCACGCAAUGCAGGUAUUCGGACUGUACUCGAUCACGGCUCCCAAAUGUUUCGGCAACCCAUUGAAAUUUAGGUGAAAUCAAUCCCACUGACUAAAUCUUUCAAUCUUCAAAGUGAUAAUCAUCCGUAAAAUAGUAAUUAUUAUGAUUGAUUGAUUUCAGCUGCAAAAAUGUUCUUAU